CACACGAUCCAUCGGGUACUUUUUUAUUACCAAAAAAAUCUCAUACCCCGACUUUUUCUAAAACUUGCUUUUUCUUUAGCAAAACACACCCUACUGCUCUCGAAUCUAUGUGGAUAACUUUUUGGAGUGGUUAUAUCUGACUCAGGUACUGGCGUUAUUCCAUUAAUGAACAUGGAAUGGAGGACAUACCAGCAAUGGUUGAAAAAAUUCACGAAGUCAAAACCACAGAGCUUAAGAUCAAUGGGCUUGAAACCGAGGAAGAGGACAACAGCCAGCCUUACAAACUAUGUGCAAUCUGUCACAGCUUGGGCGGAGCUGCCAUGCUUAUGUACGUGGUAACGCGUCGAAUCGAAGAGAAGCCACACAGACUAUCCAGAUUAAUUCUGUUAUCUCCAGCUGGCUUCCAUCAGGAUUCUAACCUGGUCUUCACAACUAUGGAGCAUCUUUUCCUCAUGAUGGCCCCUAUUCUAUCCCGAAUCAUCCCUGCCUUCUAUAUACCCACAAGGUUCUUCCGCAUGCUGUUGAACAAGCUGGCUCGGGACUUCAACAACUACCCUGCAGUUGGAGGUCUGGUUCAAACCCUUAUGAGCUAUGUCGUAGGCGGUGAUAGCUCGAAUUGGGUUGGAGUUUUGGGCUUGCCCCACUACAACAUGAAUGAUAUGCCAGGGGUUUCUUUCUUCGUGGCUCUCCACCUUGCCCAAAUGAAGCAUGCACGGAAGUUCAGAAUGUACGACUACGGAAGUCCAGCGGCCAAUAUGGAGUUUUAUGGAUCUCCUGAGCCGUUGGAUCUGGGAGAGUAUUAUGGCUUCAUUGACAUACCAGUUGACCUAGUUGCUGGGAAGAGGGAUAAUGUGAUUCGCCCCUCGAUGGUGAUAAAGCAUUAUAAGUUGAUGAAGGGUGCAGGAGUUGAAGUAUCGUAUAACGAGUUCGAGUAUGCUCAUCUGGACUUCACGUUCUCCCACAGGGAGGAACUCCUGGCGUAUGUGAUGUCUCGCAUGCUGCUUUUGGAGGGAGUUACGAAGCAGCAACUGCCUUCAAAUCAGAAGAGUUUAAAGCUGAAGAAGGAGAAGGUAAAUUCUUAAAAGCAAAGUUGUGUGUGUUCUUAUUUACUGUUUUUCUCGGAGGAUCCCGGAUUAUGGCAUGUCGGUUUUGCGUUCCUUUUUUUCUCUGGAAAGCCAGUUGUCAAGUGGGAUUCACCAGCUAGAGUGUACUUACUGGCUUUUACAUGUCUGCUUAUAUAUAGGGUGGGAGAAUGUGUAGUGGAAGACUUGUACAGUUGUAGUAGAGGGGGUUAGGUCCUUGUUUCCAUGUUGUUGUAAUGAUGUACGCGGGAAUGUUAAUGCUUGCCUGGAUGAAGAUGACUAUUCUUCUACUUUUUGGUUCUGUUUUUCUUCCCCUUUACUAUGAUCCAAAGAAGUUUGGUUUGCUUUGUGACCAGUGAGUUUCGAUGGUGAGGUUUGGCUGCUUGGAUACUUUGUUUUUCUUCCUGAAAUGGUGAAAUAGAGUAUAGCAUACAGAUUUCUGUUUGCAGUUCACUGCUGGGUGAGUGGUGGAAUGCUGAUGCACUGCCAAGACACAGGAUUCGAUUCGAAGCUUGGCUGGCGAUCGAAGAAGAGAGAGAGAUGGUGCUUACUGUCUAUAUAAAACAUGGUUUUGGAAUGCAUAAUUUUCAUUUGAUAAAAAGUCUAGACGUGCAUAAUGCUUAGGAAAAGCUAGACACGAUUAAUCGACACGAGGCGUCUCAUGCUGUCCUAUAUUUGAUGCAUUUCACUCCUGUUUUUUUGUUUUGAAAUGCAAUUUUAGGUCGAUGAGACAAAGACUCAGAAGUUAAGAAUUGCAACAGUUUCUUCUUUUUCGCUUCAUCCUUUUUGCCCUCUGCCCUGCAUUUCGUCGUUGGUGAUGGCAUAUCCAUAAUCCACGAACUUUGUAGGUCUUCUCCAGCUCUAGUCUACUCGACACUCGACAGUCUGUCCUACUCUUUAGCAUCAUUGACACUAUAGAGUGAACACAACUGAUGAUUUUUAUAACUUGUAAUUCUAGAAAAUAAGUCUCUCCGGAGACAUUCGAUAAUACUCGAAAUUGAACAAACUAACGACCACUAUUUCAACUUAAAAUACAUAGGCAUCCUGCCUCUCUUUAUUGAACAUACAUCAAUAUCAAUUUACUUUCAGAUUUUGACCUAUAAUAGGCAGUGUUAUUAAAGCCGAGCCGCUCGUCCGGUUUUUGUCAUUCAGCCGUUAGACUUAAUUAAGAAAAUUGCUGAAAAUUAAAAAUUGAAAUAAACCAAAAACACCGGGCUCUCAAACUGAAUCCUUAUUUUCAUUUCACAAUUUCGAAGGAAAGAGACGAGUUCUGAUUAAAAAAAGUCCACUAUUUAUACUAAUAAUGUUUAAUAGGUACCGGUUCUCUAAUGGUUUUUAAACCGGCUAAUGUCGGUUGGACCACUAAAGUGCGAGCCGUUCGCAUUAUCGGGUCAUGCUCCGGUUCGAUUUUGACAACAUUGAUAAUAGGUCAACCUUUUCUAUUAAUGGCUGGGAUUAGGGUGCUAACAACGCCUAAUUUGUUAAUAUGGUGAUAACUCUAACCCUAACUAAUAAGAAACUUCACUUUUGGUGCCUUAGUCUAUUGAGGGUUGACCCCAAUUUAAUGCUGAUCAUGAGGAUCACACUUGACAUUUUUAAAAAUUAUUAAAAAAACACGCAUAUGUAUCACAAGUUCCAUAGAAUAUCUAAAAAAACUCAAAUAAAAAUUACGACAAACCACAUAAGAAAUAGCGUAAAAAACU